CAGCCUCCUUUUAUCUGAUACAUAACAGGUGCAAAAUAAUCUCGCAGUGUAAUGGUAACGGCGGCUUCGACGAUGACAUCGUCCCAAGUCCCGUAUGGAUCCGAGAAAUGGCUUCCCUUACAGGAACCGUCCAUGUUGGUAGUACCAGCUAAAGUGACGAUCCGAUAGUUGGUGGCAUUGAGGAGCAAUCCAAUGAUAGAGACGGAAUUCCCAGAACGAUAGAACCCGUUUCGUGUAGACGAGCGCAUUUGUGUUGGUCAAGUUCUAGUAGAUAUUUUCUAUGACCUCCACGCACCAUGGAGAUAUGUGCAUUUCGCAAUGGAAUAUUUGUCGAUCGAUUUCUAUCUUGCAGCAAAUGACGCCUAUCUGCGAGUAAUCGGCGACUUGCAGCAAUAGUUGGGUCGGGAAUCCGUGAUAUGGCAUUCGCCUAUGUCCAGCAAAGAUACAGUAGUUACAUUGAAUGACGUCCCUCCGCAAUCAUAUCCAAAUAGACCGGAGGCAGUCUUAAUCAGAAGUAGCACCAAGGAUAUGGUGAACAUUUGUUCAGAAUACUUGAUUGAAAGAGUCAGCGUUAAAUUUCAAAUGAUGGAUAGAGCUUACGUUAUCAGAAAACAAUUUCCAUUAUCAUUAAAUUAUGGAAUCACUAUUCAUAAAAGCCUAGGUAAGUACAAAAUGCUAUUGGACAUUGGUAAUCUGUAUUUAAUGCAGGACAAGUUUAUUGCUUUGUCACGAGUAACAUUUAGAGAAGAUUUUUUAAUUAAUUAUGAUCCCUCAUCUAUAAAAGCUAGUGAAGUGCAAUUAUUGAAUAUAAUCGAUUAA